ACUUAUAUACUUUGCCAAUGUUCGACACAGUUUUUCUUUUGCCGUUGUAGGAAGGAAACUAUGACAAAGCUUUUGUACCUUGAGCCCAACCACUCCAGUUUCCUUAAAUUCCUUCAACUUAUUUGUAAUCUGUGAAAACAAACCAAAAAAAGUCAAAAGUCUCGCAAUUGAAAAGUAAAACCAUCUUGUCAAUCUUCUCAAUGUUGGUCUACGAACACCAGAUUUGAUCUUCUUAUCCCAUAUCUACAACCACCAUAAUCUUGAUCGUAUGGAAACCAUGGCCGUUGAUCAUAUGAUCAUCACAGAUAAUCCAAGGCGAAGAAUCUCAUUUUCUGAUGAAUUUGUAAUGUUUGAAGACACCCCAUAUCGCUCAGAUUCUGCACAGAUAGACUCAACUUCUGAUUUUGAUUUCUGCAUUACCAGCAAAGAAACUUGUCCAGCAGAUGAGCUAUUUUCAUAUGGCAUAAUCAGACCUCUUCAACUUCAAGAAAAGUUCAUCAAUUCGAAACAAUUGUCGACGUCUAAGCCUCCACUUCCAUCUCCAUCUCCUCCUACAAAUCUGAGUUUAAAGCAGGAAAUUAUGGAUCAAUCUGAUCAAAAGCAUCAAUCAAAGGCACCUUUCUGGCAUUUGAAGAGAAGUAGUAGCCUUCAUUAUGAUCACAGUUCCAAGAAAACUUCGAUUUGGUCUUCGUUAUCACGUUCUAAUUCAACAGGCUCUGUGCCCAAUUCAAAGAAGCUGUCCAAGAAUUCUGUGGCUAUAUCCUCACCGUCUUCUGCAAAGCUUUGUUCACAAAAACCGCCAUUAAGGAAAAAUUCUAGAGGGCUUAGUCCUGUAUUGAAUGGGCCACCUCCUUCUAUUAUUUCUGUGAGUCCUGGUAAUCUCUUUGGUUUCGGGACAUUGUUUCGCAAUGGAAAAGGCAAGAACAUCAAGAAAUGAUCCUCGUGUGAUUGACCAUCAUUAAUUUAUUCAUAAUGAUGUUUGGAA